AUGGCGAUACCAAGCUCUCCUACACCAGCACUUUCAGCAGACCAGCACACUACACCAGAGUACAGGAACUGGCUUGCUCUAGGGCAUGCCUUAACAACCGUGCUUUGUCAAGGUCUUCGCCCAUUUAUCAACAGAGAGAUGAUGGCUUUCUAUACAAACGUAAGUGCAACACUUGCAGCUUCUGGUCCCUGUACUUGUGUCUUUGUCACAGGAAGAAGACCAAAUCAACAUCAUGACAUGAGCAGCUGCACGUGGGCUAACGUCCUUCAACGUCAUCAUCAUAAAGGCAGGCCAAACUGGAAACAAAGUGAUUCCACCAAAUGGACGGAUCCAGUCCAGGGGCCUUGGGAGAUAGCCAAGCUUUUCCUCCCGGAUCUUGGGGGACACGUGAUAACGAGCGCGCAAGAUAUGGACGUCACAGGGAUCUUGAACCUAAUGGACUGGUGUGAUCACUUCCGGCCCAUUCCUCAAGCUUCGAUCAAAGAUAUCCGCGAUAUUAGGAACCAAAAGUGGGCACAUGUACCCAAGCUGGAGUUGACCGAAGCUGACAAAGCCAACGCCUUUGCAUCAAUAGAAAACUUGCUGCAGGAUCCCUACUUAGCUCACGAUCCGGACGUCAAAAAAGCCCUACGCGAAAUGCAGACAGUCAAAUGUGUAUCAUACUUACGCAAUUUUGAGGCCAAGGUUCUCAAGGAAUAUAAAGAGAUGACCGAAAGAGGUAUCUUACGCCUGCGGAGCGAACUCGAAAACGAGUCCAAGCGUAACCAGAAACUUCGAAGCCAUUCGGAAAGACGUUUACGCAAGAUGCAAAAAUCAUUGGAUAUCGUAAACAACAAGAUACGAGCAUUAAAUUCGUGUGUAAACCUUGUCAAAUUUGGUCCUCUGUUCCUAUGCAACAGCUUAAUCAAGAUCAUUUGUGCAUUAUCAAAGCUACCGCUUACACUUUGUCUGAAGAUCUCUUUGCUGUGCAGCUUAUGCGUGACCCUUCUCGAUCCAAGUUCAUACAAAGACGGUAAGUAGACUGUGUUUGGUCUGUUUGGGUUUUCAAAUGUAUAUCCCAGUAUUGUUUUUCGAGCUCGAGAUUGACGGGUAAAUGGUUGGGCGAUGAAUGUUAGCUUGAACAAAUGAAAAAAACGGAAAAAAAGUAAAAAAAUAAAAUAAAAUAACAAGACAAAAAUAUAAAUAUCUGCAAAACACAUCCCCGCGCCCCUGAAUAGUUACAAAGUAUAGACGAACCCGCCACUGGCGCGCAUGGCUGUCUUAUUUUUAUUGGCGAUUCACUAGGUGCCGGAAAUACCAAACUUUAUAGAGGUCAUCUCUAUAGCACACGCAUCUAUGUAUCACUGAGGUCAAGAGACCAUAAUAGUCGUAUUAUGAUCUCUUGCUGAGGAACAUGGCUCUGCCCUUUUGGUUUUCACAUUAAGAAGGGACUUCAAUUCGGCACCUUGCGUUAUCGCCUAUUAAAAAGCCCGCCCCACCUCCAAAGCCAGGGAAAAGCGCUCUGGGGACGAGUUGGGCAAGCCAUAAUUUUAGCUUUGCAUUGGAUCCUAAAAAUUAAAGUACGAGUACAUAGCCGAGCUCCCAUCUUUCCGCAUCAGGCUCAGGAUAGCUUCAAUAAAGAGCUCUCUUAGGUUAAGGGCUUUCAGGUCUGCUGGCGAAUGAAUUAGUACCUAUUUGAAGGGUCUUGGUUUUUGACAGGCAGCCCAAACCCACGUUAGGAGAAAAAGGUGCCUGUGUAAAGUAAUUUACUUCUGCUAGACGCGCAGGUGUCUCGUUACAGGCGACCGUUGCAAACAAGAGAGGGUGGGUAGAAAACGAAGACCCCCUCAAAAUGACUUAUAAAUAUCUAAAAACGGGUAUCUCGACCUUAGACGUGUAAGAAACAACAAUAUCUUCAAUUAUGCAAAAUUUCGACUAGGGUCUUCGUUUUCUACACAAUCCCCCCGGUGUGUAGAAAACAAAGACCCCCCUCAAAAUCACUUGGAAACGGCUGGAAACUGCUUUUAACGACUUCUAGACGCUAAAGGAGUGUAAGAAACAAAACGGCUCCGGACCAUUUUCAAUGUCGAUACAAAAUUUCGACCAGGGUCUUCGUUUUCUACAUAAUCUCCCCGGUGAGUAGAAAACGAAGACCCCCCUCAAAAUCACUUGGAAACGGCUGGAAAUUAAACCUGCUUUUAACGACUUCUAGACACUAAAGGAGUGUAAGAAACAACACGGCUCCUGAUGAUGAAACCCAUGACAACAUUAAGAUCUCCCGAGUGACGUGGUUAUUUAAUGUCAGAAGAAAUCCGAAAUCCAUAUCUUACAAUGUAUGUAAUAUUUUCUUUAUUAAAUACAUAUUGACUUUUCUAUGGAAAGUGUUUCUGUUUCAUUUUAGUUUUACUUUGUAGAAUUCAUCAUUAUAAUACUCAUUAAACUCGUGGUACAGUCAAACCCCGUUAAUACAGACACUUAGGAGACCAUAGAAAGUGUCCGUAGUAAGCGGGUUCAAUAACGAGAAGAUGCAGGACCUUUCUUUUCCUUGGCACAACGCUCCCUUGUGCUUGCACUUGUUUCAGUUUCUCACAUCCCUCCUGUGUGAUGUCUGUGAUGUUUAAAGUAGAACUCAAGAGCUGUGAAGAGUCUAGAAUUUUAUUGGGGAAGCGUUUCUCUUCUGUGCAGGGCUUUUCCGAAGGACACUGAAAUAAGUGGCAGGGGUGUGUGUGAUUUUCAUUAACAGUUUGCAAGACAACAGGUACUUACACGGGUUACCGUUUUUUUCGGUACAAAGUUAUUUCAAAACAAGUUUAUUGAGUGAAGUUGUAAUAUGAUUUCACGUACAAAAUACUUGGCUCAAAGAACAGAGAAUAUUCAAACAAAAUGUGUUUUCUGCAUGGUUCACUCGCAAACUGGCCGUAAUAAAAUCUCGGAAGCGUUUCUAUCGUCCGUAAUAAAGACGUGACUGAGAGUAGAGAAUUAAGACUCUUAUUUUUCAGAUAAAAAUGUUGACGCUGAUAGAAACAAGGCUGGGCAUUAACCCCCCCGAGUGACAAUUGACAUGGUUAUUCAAUGUCACGGAAUGAGGCAUUUUGAUGGCGAUCACGGAUCCCUCGGAAGGCAUGACUUUGUUGAACACUUUACAGCAAAGGAUGAUUCUGGAGAAAACUCAGACGAAGACCCUGGUCAAAAUUUUGUAUAAUUGAAGGUAUUGCUGUUUCUUACACGUCUAAGGUUGAGAUACCCGUUUCUAGAUAUUUACAAGUGAUUUUGAGGGGGUCUUUGGGUCUUAGGUCUUAGGUCUUCGUUUUCUACACACAGGGGGGAUUAUGUAGAAAACGGAGACCCCGGUCGAAAUUUUGUAUAAUUGAAAGUCGUCAGGGGUCGUGUUGUUUCUUACACCCCUUUAGUGUCUAGAAGUCGUUAAAAGCAGUUUCCAGCCGUUUCCAAGUGAUUUUGAGGGGGAUCUUCGUUUUCUACACACCGGGGGGAUUGUGUAGAAACCCUAGUCGAAAUUUUGCAUAAUUGAAGAUAUUGUUGUUUCUUACACAUCUAAGGUCGAGAUACCCGUUUCUAGAUAUUUAUAAGCGAUUUUGAGGGGGUCUUCGUUUUUAGGUCUUAGGUCUUCGUUUUCUACCCACCCAAACAAGAGACUUUGUAUGAGAAAUAAAAUACUGAGAUCUGCGAACGCUAAAUAAAGUUAAAUCUAAUUCUUCCUUCAAUGAAAUAAAUAAAAAAAGACUUACCUGCGAUGUAUUGCACCGUGUUUCGGUCUCUGCUUGUCGUUUUACUGGUUUUUGUGGCUUUAUUGCACAGCCAUUACUGAAGCAUGUUGCACUUACCAACUAAUUUUCAUUAUGACAAUUAGCACCUUUGCACCCGUCGUGUAAGUGCUAAUUGUCAUAAUGCAAAUUAGUUGGUAAGCGCAACAGCGGUCACAGGCACUGGACGAAAGCCAGACGUUCCUCGAAGUCCGGCACAAAUGGUUCAAUUUGAUGGGGGAAAUAUAAAGCUUUUUUCGAGCCGAUCUCUUAGAGAGGAAAAAGAGGUUUCCCUCUUGGAUUGGAGCUGAAAAAAUUUGCAGCAGACUUGAAUUUCGGCGAAAAACGGCAUUUUUGUUGCGACUGGUCCAGGACCCUGCCAAAUCGAAACGACUAGCCUUGACUUCGUCUUAUGAAGGGAGUAACAGUAGUUAUGCAAUAAAGCCAAAGAAACCAGUAAAACGACAAGCAGACACUGAAACACAGUGGAAUACAUCGCAGGUAAGUCUUUUUCAUUUAUUUCAUUGAAGGAAAAAUCAGAUUUAACACUAUUUAGCGUUCGCAGAUCUCAGUACUUCUAUUUCUCAUACUAAGUCUCUUAUUUUCAACUGUCGCCUGUAACGCGACACUGGCGCGUCCAGCAUAAACGUCACGCGUCACCUAUGGUAAGUACACCUUUUCCUCGUAACGUGCUGCCUGUGGGUUUCUUAGCCAAAGUUUACCAUGUCCCAUGUGUCGGCUACAGGCCUUGCGUAUUAUUUAAAAGAGUUUGCGAUUCUUUCAUAGAACAAGAAUUAUUUUUAAUGUUUUUUUCCCCAGGGUGUCCUACAGAGAACGCUAAAGUGCCAUUCGACACCAAAGAUAUCAACAUGUCAGAAUACUUGAUAUCAGCACGCGCUGAGGACUUUAUCGGGCGUCAGUGGCUGUAUAGAGAUGUGGAAGAUGCAUUUAAGGAUGAUAGCGUUAGCGGAGUACUAAUUAUAGGAAAUCCCGGUACAGGCAAAUCCGCCUGGGCCUCUCAGCUUAUUUGUUCUCGAACAACAAGCUCUGCGAUUCAUGCUCAUAUCCUCGGUUACCACUUGUGUAAGUACUCAGACAAAAAUACACAAAUGGCAGGAAAGUUUGUUCGAAAUUUAGCGGAAAUGAUAGCCCGCAGAUUGCCCGAGUAUGGGAAUAUCGUUUCCAAUAGUUCUUACAUUCAACGCUCUUUUAAUCUGGAUUGUAUCCAGAAUCAUGAUCCGGUCGGUUGUUUUGAACAAACUAUCAUCACUCCUCUAAGAAACCUAAAAAAUGAACCGAUACACACUUGGUUUAUCAUAGUGGAUGCCUUAGAUGAAUGUCGUUCACAAGGGGAAACAAGUCACAGCAUAAUUUAUCUUCUAGAAAACAAGAUUAAUCGGUUUCCACCUUGGUUAAAGCUUAUAGUGACUUCACGAAAUGAAUCUGACGCCUUAGUGCAUUCAACAAAAAUAGCGAACUUAGUCAUUGAUCCUGAGGAUUCUAGAAAUCUAGAGGACAUUGAGAUUUUUGUGACGACAAGACUCUAUCAACUUAGUCCUUUACUACGUCGCAUAACGAUCUGGUUCGGUGAUGACAGCAUUGAAAGCACAACAAAAGUGGCCGCUGCGUUACUAAGGAAAAGUCAAGGUAACUUUCUGUUCGUUAAAGAGUUGCUUAAACAUUGGGAGCACUCAAAACACGAAUUAGGAAAUACGUAUGAUUUACCAAAGUCUUUGGAAGACCUGUACCGUAGUUACUUUCAAAGACUUUAUCCUAGACAAAGGAACUUUAGAUAUGCUCGGCAUGUGUUGGAAUUAUUAGUUUCUUCACUCGAGCCUCUAACUCAAAAAGGAAUAUUUGAAGUGCUGAGAAUAAGAGAGAAUGACCUAGAUGAAGAAUACGAUUUCAAAAAUAGACUAAAAGAACUUGGUCACUUUCUAAAAUAUGGAGAAAACAACACAAUCACACUUUAUCACUUAUCGCUAACUGACUGGUUGACAAGUGAAAGCAACGAAGAGUUCUUUGUAAGUAAAAAGAAAGGACACAAAAUAUUCAGUGAAUACUACCUUACUCUUGUUAAAGACGGAGAUAAAAGUAAGUUGUCGAAACAUAUCCUUUCUUUGGCUCAGCACGUUGCUUUUGGCGGUCUUAAAGAAUUAUACACCAAAGAAUUCGCCAAUUUUCGUUCCGAGGCAGUCAAUCAGUCGUCAGACUCGCUUAGUAGCGGCAGAACACUAUUGCAUCUUGCAGCGACAAUCAACACUACAGAUGUACUAGAACUCCUGUUACGGCAUUUUACUUGCAUCGAUUGUGUCGAUAACCAUGGAAUAACGCCCGCGUUUUUGGCAGCAGAGCAUGGACUUGUAAACAAUCUGGCUUUGUUGGUCAAAAAAGGUGCCAACGUAAAUCACAAAACAAAGUCAAUCUUUGCAGUUUACAGAGAAAAUGUAACCACCGCCUUAAAAGAAGCCAAACUAUUUGGUUGCUAUAAAUUUUGUGAACCUCCCUCAUUCUUUCGGGCCAAAUCAAAAUUCUUUGGCGUCUCUUUACUUCAUGCAGCAGCCAAGGGAGGUCACGUAAAAGUUGUUCGUUUUCUUCUUGCCAACAAUGCAGAAAUCUCGAUACUCAAUGAUGUUAAUCUGACCCCUAUUCAGUUAGCUGCUGAGAACGGACAUCUCGAGGUUGUUAAAAUUUUGCACCACGCAGGCUCAGUUGCAGAUCAAACCGCUCUUCAUCACGCAGCUACAAACAAUAGGUUGAAAGUGGUGGAUUUCCUAUUAAACGUUGGUGUCCAAGACGAAUGUCUAAAAUGUGAUGGCUCUUUUUACUGGUUGGAGAAAAUUCCAGAAGACUCGUCUCAAAUCUAUGACGACAAUCAUUUGGUGUUAUGCCAGACUGCACUUCACGCUGCUGUUGCGUCAGGACAUGAAAAAGUUGUUUCUCGCCUUCUUUCCGAAGAACUUAAUGCACUGAAUUGUUAUGAUCAUUCUGGGAGAUCUCCACUUCACGAAGCGGUUCGAAAAAAUCACAUAAAAAUAGUCCAUAUUUUGCUUGAAAAGCAACCGCAGAUGAUACGAUACAAGUGUGAACAUUGGCAAGAAGUUGACGCAACAGAGCUUACUUUUGAGGAACAAGCUGAAUAUUAUGCAGAUAUCUGUCACUGUGGCUACACUUCCCUCCACCUUGCAGCAAGGUGUGGCUACCAACAGCUGGCAAUGUCCCUCAUCAGAAGAGGGGCCCGUGUUGAUGACCGGGAUUGUACUGGAGCGACACCCAUACAUGUGGCUGCUUGUCACAAUCAAGCUGACUUAAUUGUCAUAUUUUCUCAUCCAAAUAUUGGGGGCGACAUCAACGCCAAGACAUCGAAUGGAUCCACCCCUCUUCACAGCGCUGCAGCGUGUGGAGCUGUCGAAGUAAUUGAUUAUAUACUUGACAAGAAGGGAAACCUGACGGCUGUUGAUGAUUAUGGCCUUACGGCACUGCACUACUCAAUUCGAAACAUUAAAUCAAGUGAUCUGAAUCAAACACUGUACCUUAACGAUAACUCUUCGAGUGGAAAUUCGACACCAGUUAUAAUAGAGAGAACGGGUCAUUUGUCUGGGUUUUUUUCAGAGAAAGAUCAAAUCAAGAGUACUGACCGUUUACACUGGCUAGACACUCUUCUCAAAUUACUUUUGACAGGUUCCGACAUCGACGCCGUUGAUAUCAAAGGGCAGACAACAUUGCAUAUCGCUGCUCAGAAUGGUUUAGCUGACGCUGUAAACGUUCUCCUCCAGAUGAACGCAUCACUAGAGAAAAAAGACAUACUUGGUAAGACACCGCUGGAAGUAGCUGUUGAAAACGCGCGGAAUUUACCAGUUCAUUCACCUUUCCAUUUAGGGAUCACAAUAGAACAUUUAUAUGGAGCUUUGCGUGAUCAUGAGUUGGUCGUUUUUCUUCUCCUUUAUCGCGGCGCCUUGUAUGGGAAAUGCAAGAAAACAGGCGGAAGCUUGCUGCACAGGGCAAUCCUAAAGCAACAGCCUUACAUUGUUCAGCUGCUGAUGCUCAAAGGAGCCAGCUUAAGGUGUAAAGAUAGCCUUGGGCGGACACCCCUUAUUACGUUCCUUCAAAACGGUGGAAAAUUUAUAGAUCUCGUUCUCAUAAGGUUUGUCAAGUUUGUCCCUAUCGAAUGUGGAAUACCUUUUAGAUAUUCGGUGUAUCAUCUUUUAAGUUAUCGCACCCCCACAAUUCAAGACAAUAAUUUUUUCUACGUCAAAAAAUGCAGUGGACAUGAUGACCUGGAUUGUGAAAUGUAUAAUGGGCCUCUCGCUGAAGCUCUUGAAAGUCACCCUAAAAAACACAGCGUAUUGAGUUCCUGCUUAGACGCUGAGGGAUUUACGCCACUACACAGAGCUGUGCAAGGAAGCAAUCUAAUAGCAGUUCGAUAUCUUCUUGCAAAUGGUGCAAAUGAUUCUUUUUUAAGUCCACAUGGCUAUGACGCCUUAACACUCGCUGUGCUUUAUGCCGGAAAUAAAAGGCGCAUGUGGGAAUUUCGCAGAUUUAAGGAAGUUAACGAGGAAGUUAAAGCCUAUUACAUGGGGGUAUUAGAGGCCGAAGCAACAUCAAUUGAACUUCUUCGCUAUGCAUUAAAAAAUCGGGGAUUUAGAAUUCUAUGUGACUCAAGCAAGCCAGAAAUCAGUAUUUACCAUUUGUCAGCGUUUUCUGGUCUUGUAGAGUUCAUAAGCUUAGUGCUAAAAGAAAGUGAUUCGGCAGCCAUAAACGUGAACUGUCCAAAUUCGGACGGAUUAACGCCGAUGUACCUGGCAAAAUUUGUGGAAAACAAUAACCCAAGUUACCGUUACGAUCGUUGGAGGCAGGUUAUCGAGUUAAUUAAAGGCCAUGGAGGGGAGAUGCGAUACCCAAAGCAGGAUGCCGAAUAUUAUUUAAUAUACAGACGUUUGUUUGGGAAGUUAACCUUAGGUUUGAGGCCCGAACGAUUCCGCUUUAUCACUUCCCUAACAAAAUUGUAUGAAAAUGGUGAGAAUUCUUCAUUUCGUUGUUCAUUUGGUUUCUCUUUUGAUACUGAGAAAUAUUUGGACUCUCUUCAGUCUCCUCUACUUUUAUUGGUAGCAUUAGAAAAAGCCAUUGGAGAGCUUCCGUAUCAGCGUAAGGGGAGAUUUCGAAGAAGCAUAAAACGGUGUUCAAGAGAACAAAGCCUAGGAACUCGGUACUUUUUAAAAAUUACAAAAAUCCAUUUUAGCCUCUUUGAGCCUCCUGAUCAGGAACAACGAAAGUUUCAAGACAAACUCCUCGCGUUAAUGGUGAUGCGACACGUUGAACUCAGAUACUUAUCCUGUGUUAAAUCGUUACAUCAUAAGCUGAGACCAUUUUUGGAUGCAAAAACUGCAAUGAAAACUCACCCACGCCACGUUGAGAAAAUAAUUCCUUAUUUUUACCUCAGUACGAUCUGUACAGACAUCGAGUAUAUCUUAAGAAAUUACUUACACAGGAAACGGAUGUCGUUUGAUUUUACAUUUCACCGGGACGAAGACGAACUUUAUGGUCAUUCUGAUUUUGUCGGAGAGAGGCUGAAUAAACUCACAGGACGCGGCUCCAAUACUAUGAAUCUGUUUGAUAGGCUGUCUGGGACCGAGUGGCCACUGGAGUUUCUUAUAAAACGUUUUUACGGUGCCUUUAGCCAGUAUGAUUACCUGAAAAUUCUUCAGUUCGACAUGAAUACACUGAACGACACCAAUGUUCCACUAACAUGA